AUGUCCCUGAACGUGGGCGUACUGGGGCACGUAGACAGUGGGAAGACGACAUUGACGAGGGCACUCGCCGAGAUGGCGUCAACCUCGGCAUUUGACAAACAUGCCGACAGUGGUGGAAGAAGAAACACUCUCGAUCUCGGCUUCUCUUCACUAACCGUUGCUGGGCGUCGACUUGCUUUAAUUGACUGUCCUGGUCAUGCAGGACUCAUCAAAGCUGUGUUAGCUGCUAGUACUGUGUUCGAUAUGGCGAUAGUGGUAAUUUUACUAUUUUUUUUUCUGAAUAUUCGGAAGCCGCUCCGAAAUCAAAUUCAUUGUGUUUCGUGUCUUGCCUACAAGCUCCACCAGUGA